AACGCAACAGUCAAUGGUGUUUGGGCUUGCUUGAGCCACAGAGCGCCCCCUGCAUGAACGACCAGCAUCGCAGCAUAAUGCUGCAUUAACGGCUGCACUGAUUUCAGUUCAGUUGCCAGUGAAAACGACAGGUGCAGGUGCUUUGUGCUGUUCUUUAAUGCGCAAAACGGCGAUUCUUACAUGGUAAACAAAUACUUUUAAUUUCGAAUGUGAUGUGAGAUAUACGUGCAAUCGUUUCCAUCGUGGGAAGGAGCUUUUACUGCGCAAUUAUGUUUCAUUCGGCGCAUCAUGUCCAGCGAGCGCUCAUCUGUUCUGUUCUUCUCUGUAUGACGAGGACGGUCAUGAUGACGCGGUCCUCUUCAACAUCUGACCUCAAAUCCAAAAUAUCCGGCGUGGAAGAACUGCUGGAGGAGUUCCGUAAGCAGUUACAGCAGGAUGAGUCGGACUCGAGAGAGGAUGAGGAGGAUGGAGACCGUUGUGUCAGUGGCUUUAAGGCGGUGGAGGAGCGCAUCAUCCGCGCCAGCGCCUCCAUCGAGCAGGGCGCCGCGUUCCUGUCCGCCCCGCAGAGGGUGUUUAGCUGGAGGGACUGCGUGCACGCCUGCUGUUCUCACCCGCACUGCACAUCUGCCAUCAUCCAGGAGGACCUCAAGCAGUCGGACGACAGUUUACGCUGUUAUUUGUUCAACUGCACAUACAGAGGCAGGAAUGUGUGCUCGUUUUCCUUUCAGCCUGGAUUCAGCACUUACAGUCGGGCAGACAACAGCACUAGAGCCCAUGAGUCCUCCCGGGGCUCCGCUGCCACUGGCCGUCCCAACACUUCAGCCAGGAGACCUGUAUUUGGGAUAGAUGAGGAGGAGUCCGUAAUGCAGGGUUUGGAUGAGCCGCCCCGUAGUGAUGCGGGUCAGGACUUGGUGGUUCAGCUGCCAACGGACUGGGCGGUGCUAGACGGCAGAGACAGCACUGAUGAUCAUGACAUUAUACAUCAUGACUGGACUCUUGUGAAAGGAGACCCCUCCAUUAAAAUGAAGGUGACUCAUCCAGGCCUGCUGAAACUCAGUGGUCUCAGAGAAGGAAUUUACACCUUUGAGUUAACUGUCACCGACACAGCGGGACAGAAGAGCUCUGACAACGUGUCUGUUAGUGUGCUCGCCCCUGCACCAAACGCUGAAGUGUGUACAGGUCACUGUUCUCGGUAUCAGUUUAUGUGUGAUGAUGGCUGCUGUAUAGACAUUGGUUAUGCCUGCGAUGGAAAGCAACACUGCCCUGACCGAUCAGAUGAAGAUUUCUGCCAAAAUUUUGAUACUGGUCCUAAGUCCUACCAAUCCUCUAAACAUGGAACAGAUAUACAAACUGAAGCAGCAGCCCAGACGCCCUCAGAAAUACAGCUCACUGACAUCCCUAAACCUGAACAACAUCAACAUUAUGGCUUUGACAACCAAGAUCCCUGUGCAGCGCCCCCAGUGGCCGGCCCGUGUAAAGGUGUUUUCCCACGCUGGUAUUAUGAUUCUGAAACAGGAGACUGCCAGCACUUCCAGUAUGGUGGCUGCAAAGGAAACCACAACAACUUCCUCCAGAAGUCCGAUUGUGUGAAUGAGUGCAUUCAGAAACCAUCAGUAACAAAACAUCGGGCCACUGCAACUCCGUUACCCAGCAGGAAAAUAUACACAUCUCCCGUAGUCUCAGUCCAUAAGGAAAAACAGCAAAAUUCUUUCUUAGAGUCACAGAAUGCACUGCCAGAAUCUAAAAUAUAUCGUGCACUGGAAGGACACCCACCCCCUGAAUCAGGUGCAAUCCUUCCCCUGGCUUUGGGUUUGAUCAUCAGCGCUCUGCUCUUACUGAUGGUGGGCUGCAGGCUCUGGCUUGUACGUCGCAGACUGAAGAAGGCUUUGCCUCUCACCACAGAAGAGUCCGAUUACCUCAUCAAUGGCAUGUAUCUGUAGCAGUGCCAAUCAACCCUCCGAUUUGCUGCACUAUUUGUGCAUGACUGUGUGUAGUAGAGGAUACAUGAGUUGUCAAAAGAAUCUAAUGCAGGAGUAGCCAGCCCUGCUCCUGAGGCCGGAUGCACCAGCUGUAAGUAAGUUACAACUACAGCCUAGUCGUGAUAUUAAGGGGCACUAAAUUACAUCUUACGCACAACUAAAUAUCUUUGCGUUGCGCCAUUAAAUGUGGGGUAGGCAACAGCAAUAGCAAGCUAGCUUUGAAAGCAUAAGAUUCCACCCUCACUUGCCUCCUCCAAAAGACAUGAAUGCACAUUUGGACGGAAUGCAUUGAUUGGACUAACAUUUUUUGGUCCUGAGACCUCCACAGAAUAUAUAUGUACAUGUUUUAAAAUUUAGACCACUUUUAUUAUUGAUUGCUAUCAGGAUGUGAAGAGUUUCAACAUGUAAAACAAAAAGUGCUUAUA